AUGCCUCAUCCCAAAGACUUCUUUGCAGUCAAUGCUCACGACCUCAGAGGCUUCCUGGACGUCCUGCAAUGUCUCUACUCGCUAUGGCUCUCCGCGCCCAAACCUCCUACUCGUGAAAUCAGAGACCGGAGCGCAGAAAGUAGUCUCUCAGUCGCCUUCCCCCUCGUUACUCCAGCAUAUCGGCUUCAGGCCACGGAAGACGUUCGUGACGCCAGCGUUGUAUUCGGCUCUUCUGCUGCUGUCCCAUAUGACACCAUUCACGACGCAUUUCUUGCUCACGUAGGGAUGCCCACUGAGCUUGUCGCUAUUGUCGAUCAUGGUGGCGACUCCAUGACAUACCGCGAGCUGGAGCGCCUCUCAGGAAGGCUGUCCGCUUGGCUGCGCUCCAACGGUGUCGGUCAAGGUGCCCGCGUUUUUCUGUUGAUUGAGCGCUCCAUUGCACAAAUUGUCGCCAUUCUUGCCGUACUGCGCGCGGGUGCCGCAUACUUAUCUAUCUCAGAAUCUCCGUUUGCGACGUUAGUUCCUGUGGCUGUCCUUCCCCACGAUAGCGCCUAUAUCAUCUAUACCUCUGGAACGACUGGUCGGCCCAAAGGCGUGAUCGUGAGCCACUCAAAUGUGUGCAACUUGCUUUGCCUCUCCCCGGGAAACCUAGGCAUCCGCCCCGGAACCCGAGUCUCGCAGCUGCUCAACGUCGCAUUCGAUAUGUGCGCUUGGGAGAUCCUGGGAUGUCUCAUGAACGGCGGGACACUGCACCUCCGCGGGCCCCACCGGCAGGAUUGGAUCAACGUCCUGAAGACGGUGGAUGUCGUGAUUAGCACGCCGUCCAUCUUGGAACAGCACGACCCCGCAGACUAUCCAAACAUUCGUGUCGUUGCGACGGCGGGAGAGCCGUGCCCCCAGAGCCUUGCCGACCGAUGGGCGCAGCGCGCGAUCCCAACUCCGAACAAUGCUGUAUAUAUCCUCGAUGCCGAGAUGCGCCCUGUUCCACGCGGUAUGCCUGGCAUAAUGUGGGCAGGCGGACGCGGCGUGUGCAUGGGUUAUCUCAAUCGCCCAGAUCUUACAAGGGAUAAGUUUCUUCGCGAUCCUUUUUUAGUGCAGGGGGGAAUGAUGUACAACACAGGAGACAUCGGCAAGCUCCAGGAAGGGGGCCAAUUAAUCCAUCUCGGACGAGUUGACGACCAGGUUAAAAUCAAGGGGUUUCGCGUAGAGCUGGAUGGCGUGACUGCCGCCGUUCGUGCAUGUCCAGGCAUCGAAUCUGCUUGCGCACUGCUGAUAGGACAAGACCUUUGGGCGUUCUACAGCCCUACAUGUGUUCCUACCGAAGAGAUACGCACGACUGUUGUUGCCUCACAGCCGUAUUACGCUGUGCCGUGCAAAUAUCACGCGCUGUCUGUAAUGCCGCUCACCACGUAA